AUGCGCCCGGACAUGCGAGCUAUAACAACAUGGGCAGUAUGGGUGGUGGCAUCGAUCGGCUUCGGAUCUCACAAAUCAAAACAUGUCUGGUGGUUGACACAAGCCAUCUCGUCGCUGGGGAUCAUCCUCUACACGCUGGCCAAUUGGUCAUACACGGUUGCCGCCUUUACGGAUCCCGGUUCACCUCUGAAGUCUCCCGACAAGUCAUCAGAUCGAAGUCAAGGGAGAUACUCGAUGCUCCCAACUCACGAGCCUCCCACCGAUGCGGGUCAGUUGCAGAGUAUCACCGUUUCCUCCACAGGAGCGCCUAGAUUCUGCAAAAAGUGCCAUACCCCUAAGCCGGACCGGACACAUCACUGCUCUACUUGCAAGAGAUGUGUCUUAAAGAUGGAUCAUCACUGCCCUUGGCUGUCAACCUGUCUCGGAUUGCGGAACUACAAAGCAUUUGUGCUCUUCCUCAUCUACACAUCUCUGUUCUGCUGGGUCUGCUUUGUCAAUGCUGCAUGGUGGAUGUGGAAAGAACUUUUCGAGCAAAGUGGCUAUCUGGACGAAGUGGCACCCAUCAAUAUUAUCCUUCUUUCUGUGAUUGCCGGUAUCAUCGGCCUGGUCCUGAGUGCGUUCACUGGCUGGCAUAUACAUCUCUGCAUCAAGGGCCAAACUACCAUUGAGAGACUCGAGAAGACGAGAUACCUGAGUGGUGUGAGGACUCUUGUGGAGCGGAAUCGCCAGGAGCAUCAGUUGAAUCACAGCAGACGCAGCUCCGAAGGCGUUGCAGGUAGACUACAGCGCGCGGGGGAGCAGUUUCUUGAGUGGAAUGCCAAUGCUGUUCCCGGGGCUUCACGGUACGAAGAAGGCGAAGAACACACCUCACCCGUCCCAAGUGUCCGUAACACGACACAGCGUGAUGCCCCGUAUCCUCAAGGUUCAGAUCAGUCGGCCAAUCAUCGUCCUCAACGACCCGACGUGUUCGACGACACCCCAGCCGUUCGUGCAUUGCGAAAUACUUAUUCCCACAUGGAGGCCGUUCGCGAGCGCGAGAGAUACUCACAAUACCUGGAUGACCAGGAAUCCGAAAAAAUGCCCAAUGCAUUCGAUCUUGGCUGGCGUCAGAAUCUUAACCACUUGUUCGGACCGAAUCGGUUUCUCUGGGCUUUUCCAAUAUGUAACACCACAGGUGAUGGCUGGCGUUGGGAAGUCAGCCCGAAAUGGGUUGCGGCGCAAGAAGAAGCGGCGAGGAAAAAAGAGCAGAGGCUCGCGGCAAUGAUGGAUCAUGAUCACUAUGCAGGACCGAUAAAUGGAAGAGGCGGUCGUGGCUAUGGGUAUCAAGAGUACGAGAGCGACCGGGACCGCGAUUACGUCGUCAACUUUGAUGGACCCCACGAGAACACUGUCCCACGGCAUGCUGACGAGGAUAUGUACUCCCGCAGCGCCAUGUCCAUGAAGAAUUUGCCUCCAAAUCACAAGAGUGCGUCCUCCACGGCAGAUCUGAGCAAGAGGAGACAGCGGAGGGAUUUUGACCAGGACGAACCUUUUGAGGUCAGCAGCGGCGACGACUACGACAGCGACUCAGAUAUUGGAUAUGACAAUAGAGACGACCAAGACGAUGCAGAGCGAGGCUGGACCAGGAGAAACCGUGCAGGACGAGGAAGAUGA